AACGCGGUUGCGCACCAUAGUUAUGGGUUGUUAGUAUCUAUUCUUACCUUCCUCCUCCGCUCCCCUUCAUCUCUCUUCCCAAUUCUUAAUAUCCAAAUCCCAAUUCAUCCUACUAGGGUUUUCAGACUUUCAAUUUCUUCAACCAUCAUCACUACACACAUCUUCAAACCACCGCCACCAUCAUCACACUCACACAAAACACCGCGAUCGCAUUUCAUCUCCUUUCACAUUCCACACUAACGCACCGCGAUCGGUGGGUGGAGAAAAGGUGCAAAACGUGCACAAACUUCAAGAUAUUUAACAUCAAAGGGACAGUGUCACAAUGUUGGCUUCUAAAGAAAUUAUGAAAUUCAAAUCAUACCAGAACCAGGCUAAUUUGUUUGUGAAGGAAUAUUUAUUAGCAGACCCUCUGAUUCCAUAUACUUCCAUCAUUGGUGGCAUUUUUGCUUGCAAGAUGGUCUACGAUCUCACUCAGCUUUUUAGCACUAUUCAUUUUAAAAGCUAUUCCAGUCUCACUAAGAUCCAACGUAUUGAGUGGAAUAACCGUGCUAUGUCAACUAUCCAUGCCAUUUUUAUAACAUCUAUGUCUUUGUACUUGGUGUUUUGUUCAAAUCUAUAUUCUGAUAGCCAGUCAGCUGAACUUCUUACCGAACGGAGUACUGCGUUGUCUACGUUUGCUCUGGGGGUUUCUGUUGGUUACUUCAUGGCUGACCUGGGGAUGAUAUUUUGGUUUUUUCCUUCUCUUGGUGGAUAUGAGUAUGUGAUUCAUCAUAUGUUUUCAUUAGUAGCAGUAGCCUAUUCAAUGUUGAGUGGAGAAGGGCAGCUGUACACGUACAUGGUCCUCAUUUCCGAGACAACAACUCCCGGAGUCAAUUUGAGAUGGUAUCUUGAUGUAGCCGGAAUGAAAAGGUCAAAAGCUUAUCUCAUCAACGGGGUUGUAAUAUUCAUUGCUUGGCUGGUUGCUAGAAUACUUUUGUUCGUCUAUAUGUUUUACCACGCUUACUUACACUUUGAUCAGGUCCAGCAGAUGCACCCCUUUGGACAAAUACUAGUUGUUGUUGUGCCAGUGGUGCUGUCAAUUAUGAACUUGAUUUGGUUUUCAAAGAUUAUCAAAGGGUUAAUGAAGACAUUGGCCAAGAGGCAGUGAAAAUUUUGAGGAAAAUUAAAUAUAGGUUACACUGUUGAUAUCCAGCUCACCUUCCACUAUGUUCUAUCCCCUCUAGGUAAAAGCAUAGAUGAUGUGUACUGAAAGUUGCAACAAAGCAGAAACGAACAUGUUUGGAUCCAUUUUAGAUCUGAACUUUUAUUGUAUAAAUAUGUUAGUUCUGUUUUUUUCAAUAUCCCUAUUCUUUAUGUACAUUUAUUAGUUAAAUUUAAUCUUUAUAUCAAUCCCAAAGUUCUCUCUCUCACUAUUGUUAUAUUA